AUGGCAUCUUUGAAGCGACUUCUGAACCCCCAGAUGUACACCAUUGGGUGGAUCACCGCUCUUGACAAGGAGCUCACCGCAGCGCAGGCUGUGCUUGACGAACAGCACCAAAAGCCGGAAAACUUCAGAAAACACCCAAAAGAUACAAAUAACUAUAUCUGGGGCCGGAUCGGGGACCACAACAUCGUCAUCGCCUCGCUAGCUGCUGGAAAGUACGGCACCGUGUCCGCGGCCACGACCGCAUGGAGCAUGAUCAGCUCUCUUCCACACCUUCGGUUCGGCCUCAUGGUCGGUAUUGGCGCCGGCAUUCCCAGGCUAGCCGACAACAUCGAUAUCCGCCUCGGCGACGUUGUCGUCAGCCAGCCGACUGGGGCAAGCCCGGGAGUCGUGCAGUACGAUGUAGGGAAGUUAGAAAGCGACGGCCAUUUCAAACGUGUCGGUUCUCUUGCUCCUCCGCCUGAGGUCCUUCUCAAAGGAUUAGCAACACUGAAGGCCAAACGAAGACUCGGAGGACCUCGAGUACGCGGCAUCCUAGACGAUAUGCUCCAACGCCAUCCGCGGUUAGCAGAAGCAGAUCCAGAUGACGCUGCGUUUGUUCACCAAGGGGCGCAAAACGACCGGCUAUUCGAAGCAUCCUCAGUGCAUGUUCAAAACCCGGACCUGCAAAGCGCAGUAUCUUCAGCGGGAGCAGUUCCGCGUGAUGUCAAUAAGCUUUAUUUUCAGUUGGCGCUGGCCUGGGUUUGGUCAUUCUUCUGGCUGAUCUUCGCCGCUAUGAAAACGCCGGCCACUUCCAACAUUACGAGGACAAUCCCACCAUCAGAUGCAACCCUUCAAGAGCUUGGCCAGCCGAGAGCCUGUGAGCAUUGCGAUGCUGGGAAGGAAAUAGGCCGACCACAACGACGAUCCACCGAUCCCGUAGUUCACUAUGGCCUCAUUGCUUCCGGCAACUCGGUCAUAAAGGACGGUGUUUCUCGGGACGACAUAGUACGACGACUUGGAGACAAGUGCAUUUGCUUUGAGAUGGAGGCAGCUGGUCUGAUGGAUAAUUUCCCCUGCCUUGUGAUCAGAGGAAUCUGCGAUUAUGCAGACACCCACAAGAACGAUCGCUGGCAGAACUAUUCCGCAGCAACAGCCGCCGCUUUCGCAAAGGAACUACUGGAAGUGAUCGACGGCGAUGAUGUAGAAGGAUCCUCAAGAGCCGAUGAAAUCAUGCAGUUAUGUGAGGAUGUUUCCCAAAUCCGAUCAACCACAAAAGACAUGCAACAGGAUCUACAUUUCCAGGAAGUCAUGAAGUGGCUCUCCCCGCCGGAUCCAUCAACAAAUGAUAACAAGGCCUUGCAACAACGCCAUGAAGGCACAGGUCAGUGGUUCCUCGACAGCCAAGAAUACUCAAAAUGGAAAACAACGCAAAAGUCCUCUCUGUGGCUUUACGGUAUCCCCGGCUGUGGGAAGACAAUUCUGAGUUCCAUCGUCGUCAAGGACCUCCGUAGCACUGAGCCUUAUACUAGAAGCCUUCUCUACUUCUAUUUCGACUUCACCGACACUAGCAAGCAGUCGCUUGAAAAGGCGAUUCGGUCACUGAUCGCUCAGCUGUACCGCAACAGCCAGAAUGUUCAAGGGCCCCUGAACGCACUGUACUCCUCUUGUAAAAGUCCUUCACGACAGCCGAAUAUCGACAUGCUAAGCACAACCUUUGAGGCCAUGGUUCAACAGAUCGGCGAAAGCGAAGCAGAUGUCAACGCUCAGGGUGGCUACUAUGGCAACGCUCUCCAAGCUGCUUCAGCAGGAGGUCACCAAGAGAUCGUCCAGAUGCUCCUCAACAACGGAGCAGACGUCAACGCUCAGGGUGGCGAAUACGGCAACGCUCUCCAAGCCGCUUCAUUUAGAGGUCACCAAGAGAUCGUCCAGAUGCUCCUUAACAACGGAGCAAAUAUCAACGCUCAGGGUGGCAAAUACGGCAACGCUCUCCAAGCCGCUUCAGAGGGAGGCCACAAAGAGCUCGUCCAGAUGCUCCUCAACAACGGAGCAAAUAUCAACGCUCAGGGUGGCAGGUACGGCAACGCUCUCCAAGCCGCUUCAUUUAGAGGCCACAAAGAGCUCGUCCAGAUGCUCCUCAACAACGGAGCAAAUAUCAACGCUCAGGGUGGCUUCUAUGGUAACGCUCUCCAAGCCGCUUCAUUUAGAGGCCACCAAGAGCUUGUCCAGAUACUCCUCAACAACGGAGCAGACGUCAACGCUCAGGGUGGCUUCUAUGGUAACGCUCUCCAAGCCGCUUCAGAGGGAGGCCACCAAGAGAUCGUCCAGAUGCUCCUCAACAACGGAGCAAAUAUCAACGCUCAGGGUGACUUCUAUGGUAACGCUCUCCAAGCCGCUUCAGAGGGAGGCCACAAAGAGCUCGUCCAGAUGCUCCUCAACAACGGAGCAAAUAUCAACGCUCAGGGUGGCGAAUACGGCAACGCUCUCCAAGCCGCUUCAUUUAGAGGCCACAAAGAGCUUGUCCAGAUGCUCCUCAACAACGGAGCAGACGUCAACGCUCAGGGUGGCGAAUACGGCAACGCUCUCCAAGCCGCUUCAUUUAGAGGCCACAAAGAGCUCGUCCAGAUGCUCCUCAACAACGGAGCAAAUAUCAACGCUCAGGGUGGCAAAUACGGCAACGCUCUCCAAGCCGCUUCAGAGGGAGGCCACAAAGAGCUCGUCCAGAUGCUCCUCAACAACGGAGCAAAUAUCAACGCUCAGGGUGGCGAAUACGGCAACGCUCUCCAAGCCGCUUCAUUUAGAGGCCACCAAGAGCUUGUCCAGAUGCUCCUCAACAACGGAGCAAAUAUCAACGCUCAGGGUGGCUUCUAUGGUAACGCUCUCCAAGCCGCUUCAGAGGGAGGCCACAAAGAGCUCGUCCAGAUGCUCCUCAACAACGGAGCAAAUAUCAACGCUCAGGGUGGCAGGUACGGUAACGCUCUCCAAGCCGCUUCAGAGGGAGGCCACCAAGAGAUCGUCCAGAUGCUCCUCAACAACGGAGCAGACGUCAACGCUCAGGGUGGCAGGUACGGCAACGCUCUCCAAGCCGCUUCAGAGGGAGGCCACCAAGAGAUCGUCCAGAUGCUCCUCAACAACGGAGCAAAUAUCAACGCUCAGGGUGGCUUCUAUGGUAACGCUCUCCAAGCCGCUUCAGAGGGAGGCCACCAAGAGAUCGUCCAGAUGCUCCUCAACAACGGAGCAAAUAUCAACGCUCAGGGUGGCAGGUACGGUAACGCUCUCCAAGCCGCUUCAGAGGGAGGCCACCAAGAGAUCGUCCAGAUGCUCCUCAACAACGGAGCAGACGUCAACGCUCAGGGUGGCAGGUACGGCAACGCUCUCCAAGCCGCUUCAGCAGGAGGUCACCAAGAGAUCGUCCAGAUGCUCCUCAACAACGGAGCAGACGUCAACGCUCAGGGUGGCGAAUACGGCAACGCUCUCCAAGCCGCUUCAUUUAGAGGCCACAAAGAGCUUGUCCAGAUGCUCCUCAACAACGGAGCAGACGUCAACGCUCAGGGUGGCGAAUACGGCAACGCUCUCCAAGCCGCUUCAUUUAGAGGCCACAAAGAGCUCGUCCAGAUGCUCCUCAACAACGGAGCAAAUAUCAACGCUCAGGGUGGCGAAUACGGCAACGCUCUCCAAGCCGCUUCAUUUAGAGGCCACCAAGAGAUCGUCCAGAUGCUCCUCAACAACGGAGCAAAUAUCAACGCUCAGGGUAGCCACUAUAUCAACGCUCUCCAAGCCGCUUCACAGGGAGGCCACCAAGAGAUCGUCCAGAUGCUCCUCAACAACGGAGCAGACGUCAACGCUCAGGGUGGCUUCUAUGGUAACGCUCUCCAAGCCGCUUCAGAGGGAGGCCACCAAGAGAUCGUCCAGAUGCUCCUCAACAACGGAGCAGACGUCAACGCUCAGGGUGGCUUCUAUGGUAACGCUCUCCAAGCCGCUUCAGAGGGAGGCCACAAAGAGCUCGUCCAGAUGCUCCUCAACAACGGAGCAAAUAUCAACGCUCAGGGUGGCGAAUACGGCAACGCUCUCCAAGCCGCUUCAGAGGGAGGCCACAAAGAGCUCGUCCAGAUGCUCCUCAACAACGGAGCAAAUAUCAACGCUCAGGGUGGCGAAUACGGCAACGCUCUCCAAGCCGCUUCAUUUGGAGGCCACCAAGAGCUUGUCCAGAUGCUCCUCAACAACGGAGCAGACGUCAACGCUCAGGGUGGCAAAUACGGCAACGCUCUCCAAGCCGCUUCAUUUAGAGGCCACAAAGAGCUCGUCCAGAUGCUCCUCAACAACGGAGCAGACGUCAACGCUCAGGGUGGCAAAUACGGCAACGCUCUCCAAGCCGCUUCAGAGGGAGGCCACAAAGAGCUCGUCCAGAUGCUCCUUAACAACGGAGCAAAUAUCAACGCUCAGGGUGGCAAAUACGGCAACGCUCUCCAAGCCGCUUCAUUUAGAGGCCACAAAGAGAUCGUCCAGAUGCUCCUCAACAACGGAGCAAAUAUCAACGCUCAGGGUGGCUUCUAUGGUAACGCUCUCCAAGCCGCUUCAGAGGGAGGCCACCAAGAGAUCGUCCAGAUGCUCCUCAACAACGGAGCAAAUAUCAACGCUCAGGGUGGCAGGUACGGCAACGCUCUCCAAGCCGCUUCAUUUGGAGGCCACCAAGAGCUCGUCCAGGUGCUCCUCAACAACGGAGCAGACGUCAACGCUCAGGGUGGCUUCUAUGGCAACGCUCUCCAAGCCGCUUCAUUUAGAGGCCACCAAGAGAUCGUCCAGAUUCUCCUCAACAACGGAGCAGAAGUCGACUCAAAAGAUACCUCCGGACGAACAGCCCUAUCGUGGGCAGCUGAGUAUGGUCAUGAGGCCGUGGUCAAGAUGCUCCUCGACACAGGCAAGGUCGAUAUCGAUUCGAAAGAUACCUCCGGCCGAACACCCCUAUCGUGGGCAGCUUCAUUUGGGUAG